AUGGCGCGCCGUAAAUCGGCCUUCAUCGAAGACGCCACCGACUCGGACUCGUCCCAAUCCUCCACCACCUCCUCCUCCUUCAACGACGCCUCCCGCUCCCAAUUCGCCUCCACCGAGGACCAGGACGCCCAAGCCGAGACCGCCCUCUUCCUCGAUCCGAUGGCACGACAGAGGAGGGGCCUCAAGAGGAGUAGGGAGCAGAGGAAGGAGGAUGCGUGGGGGGGUGUACUCGCGGGAACUGAACAGGAGGCGUAUGAGCGUGCAACAAGUAGGGCUGGUCGUGCGCACAACAGCGAUGGCAACAGGUGGCUCAAGUAGGUCGAACCGAACCUUUCUUUUUUCUCUCCACGCGUUGUCGGUGCAAAAAUGCUGAUUGUGGACUUGCGGGGUGUGUCAUCAGGACCGCGCCUUCGUUCGUAGCAGCUGGCUCGGACCCAUCCAACGCCAAGGAACCGAUCGAUAACCUGGCCGAUACCGGACCUAGGAAGAGACUACAAGCUGCCCAGGAGGAUGAGGAGGAUCUGGACAUGGAGAUGGCCGAUUCGGAUGAUGAUGAGCAGCAAGAGCCAGAUCACAGGGACAACCACGAUAACGAUGACGAGGACGAGGACGAAGACGAGGACGAAGAACAAGACGACUAUCAAGACGACGACGACGACCCCACCGCAGCAAAACCAGACCAACACAACCUCGCCCCCGUCCCAGGUCUCGAAGACACCUCCAUCGUUCCAGAAGAGCUCGUGAUCGAACAACCGACCGCCGCACUCGCUUUCGCACCUCGAAUACGACCCCGUACCGGUAUUGGUGGUGGCGCACGCGCAGGGCUGGGGUCAGGUGCCGCCGGACGUCAGCCGGUGGCGAGCAUGAUCGCUUCUCAAAACACUACUUCUUCGACAUUUUCAUCGCCUUCGACGUCGGCGCCUACGUUCGCCAAAGCUACGAUCUCGGGAGGAAGAGGGGAAAGCGGAUCUUCCUCCAGCUCUGAACCCACAACCUCGGCCCAUCGGAAUGGCGCAGAUUCCCCCAUGACCGGGGCGUCCCCACCUCGCACCGAACUCAGCGCUUCAAAAGCAGGGAUAGGUCGAUCAGGCAUUGGAGCUCAAAGUUCAGAUCCCGAUCCCGCGACGAAGGGAAGGGAAGGGUCACCUGGAGGAGCGCUAGGUUUCGGUGCGAGACCUAGUUCGAAACUCGUCGAUGAAUUGAGAUCGGAAUUGGCCUCUUCCGGCGUCGAGUCCAACUCAAGCGUCACCAACUCCAAAUCGUACGAAACGACCGUCCCAAGACCAGCAAGAGAACGCCGUUCCUUCCUCCCCACCGCUUCUACAUCCACCUCGACCCCUUCGACCCAACCCGCCCCUCGCAUGUCCAAAAAAGAAGCCACCCACUUCGCCGCUCUGGCCUCAUCCGGAUCGCUCGGCUUGAAAAUGCUAGAAAAGAUGGGCUGGAAAGCCGGGACCGGAUUAGGUGCGGACGGGCAGGGUAUCGUCACUCCUAUCGGGGAGGGACAAACGGUACGACAGGGGAAGAGUGGGAUUACGAAAGGGGAGAGGUCGGAGGGGGCCAAGGCGGAUGAGAGGAGAAGGAAAGGCUUGCUUAGUGAUGAGGAGGAAGAAGAGGGAAGAGGAGGCAGGAGAGGAAAGGGGACAGGGAAGGGCAAGAGAUUGGGUAUGGGGGCAAAGGACUUGCUGUUGGUCGAAAAGGAGAACAAGAAGGAAGCGUGGACUCGGCCUGCCGGAACGAAAAAGAGAACCAAGGACAAGACCGCUUACAAGACCUACGAGGAACUCGUCGCCGAAUCGGGUGGGGAUCCGGUUCAACAAUCGGGAGUGGGGAUGUUGGUCGACCUUUCGGGCAAUGCGUUGCCGAGCACCUCAUUGUCGUCCUUACCGGCUUUCGGCGCCGGUUCGGCCGAUCCGACGAGAUUACCCGAGUUGAGACAUAAUUUGAUGCUCUUAACAACGACGUUGGGGUCGAACUUGUCGGCUUUGGCGAGGGAGGGCAAACAGGUCGAAGAACGGAGGAAGUAUUUGAACGUCGAAGAAGAGAGGGUUCGUGGGGUUGUCGAGAAGCAGGAGUUGGCGAUCGAGAGAGUUCACGGCGUCUUGAAACUCGUCGCGAGGAUGAAGGUUAUCGAGCAAGAAGUUGCGGAAGUGGCCAAGAUCAUUUUGAUCGGCGGUGAAGGGUCGGAACAGGUCUCCCCGAACGAUCUAUUCAAUUUCUUUAUCGACGUUUUUGAUGAACUUCUCGGGGAUUAUGAAGAUGAAUACGCCGUACUUCAAUUGGACGAAAUUGUCGUCGCGGCCAUUGCACCCCUUUGUCGCAAACUGUUCGCAACAUGGGAUCCUUUGACUUCGCCCUCGUACGCGGUCGAUCAACUCAAGCGAUGGAAAAAGCAUUUCCUCAUUGAUAAGCACGAGGCUCGGGAUCUCGAGGUCAAAAAGGGGUUGGGGGAGGCCGAGGUCUUUGGAUCGACGGGGAUGAGGUCGGGUGAUGGAAAGGGUUUGGGUGGGAAGGGCGACCGGAUGAUGUCGGCUUAUGAGACGAUGUUGUGGACUAUUUGGCUACCUCGCGUGAGGACAGCGAUAAAGUAAGUUCGAGGUUUUGCAUGGGAAGGAGCGUACCUGUUGCUCACACCACUAUCUUUUGGGAACUCCACACAGUAAUCAUUGGUCAGCAACGAAUCCUACCCCCGUCGUGCAGCUCUACCAAGCCUGGUUCCCCCUCCUUCCCCAAUUCCUCAUCGACAACUUCCUCGACCAACUCGUUCUCCCCAAAGUCCUCCAAGCGAUACAAGAAUGGACACCUACGAAACGAGGCUCGGCAUCAAAAAUGGCUCCCCCACCUUUACAUCAGAUUGUCUUCCCAUGGCUUGAAGUUGUGGGACAACAGGGGAGAGCGGAGGGUGUGCUGGACGAGUCCAAGAGGAGGGUCAGGGGCUGGUUGAAAGGGUGGAAAAGUAGUGAUGGGGUGCCCAAGGGGUUGGAGGCUUGGAAGGAUGUGAGUUGUAUGGUUGGGGGUCUUGACACAUCACGACGUGCUGACUCUUAAGCUUCUCCAUACAGGUUUACCCCAAAUCGGACUGGGACUCCCUCAUGCUCAAACACAUACUCCCACACCUCGGUACCCUCCUGCGCGACCAAUUCAUCAUAAACCCUCGCGCACAAGAACUCAAACCCCUCGAACAGGUCCUCGGAUGGUCAAUGUUGUUGAGGUCCUCUAUGAUGAGUCAAUUGUUGGAGAAAGAAUGGGUGCCGAAGUGGUUAGACGCGUUGUUCAUUUGGUUGACUACGGAGGGGUGUAAUUAUGAACAAGUGGCGGAGUGGUGAGUUUUCGCGCGGGUGCGGUGGCUUUCUGGGGAAAGCCAAGCUGAUGUAUUCUCUCCCCAAUCAGGUACUCGUGGUGGAAGUCGUAUCUGCCGGAAGAGGUGGUCGCCCUCUCGGGUGUGUCGAAGGGUUUGAGGAAAGGUCUGGAUCUGAUGAAUCAGGCCAUGGCCUUGGGCGAGGAUGCCAAGUACAGGUACGUCCGACCGUUGCAAAAGCCCAGCUCAAUUAGGCUCAACGAACUGACCCUUAAAGCCUUUUCUCAAAAGACUCAAACGACCCGACCUCCUCCCACCACCGACGUCCUCUUCGCACUCCACCAAGUCCUCGAGCAAACCCAAACCCGCCCCCUCUCGCCACGCCGAAGAAGCCGACGACACUAUCACCUUCCGUUCCAUAGUCGAAGAGAUCGCUGCCUCGCACAACCUCAUCUUCCUCUCCACCGGAACGUCGGACGAGAAAGGUCGGACGUUGUAUCGUGUUUCCGAGACGGUGGAUGGGAAGAAGGGUUUGGUGGUUUAUUUGGAGGAAGACGUGGUUUGGUUUUUGGAUAAGGGGGAGUGGAGGCCUAUUGGGGUGGACGAUAUGUGUAGGAAGGCGCUGGGGGUGUAG